GAUGAGGAUGAUUUCCAGGGCGAUGAUAUCUCGAGUUUGGGUCAUGCGGAACUAGAGCAGACGAGGGAGAUUAGAGAGUAUGCGCGUUUGGCCGGCUGGGAGAUGCCUUUGUUGGCGAAUCUCGCAAAACCCUUUACACCACCUACAGCAGCCACACCCCUCCGCUUCCGCUACACAACCUACAUGGGCGAACAACACCCCGCCCAACGAAAAGUCGUCGUCGAAUUCGACCCCAAAGACCUCUCUCUCAACCCCUCCCACACCCAAAACCUGAUCAAGCUAGCCGGCGUCCGCUUCAACCCUUCCACCAACAUCGUAAAGAUGAGCUGUGAAGACCACGAGACCCAAGCACAGAACAAGCGCCAUCUGGGCGACACCAUCAAAGCACUCAUCGCAAAGGCAAAAUCGCCAGAGAGCCAGUGGCUAAAGGACGUCCCUGUAGAUUUCAGACACGCAAAGCCAAAGAAGAGAUUCCAGUUCCCUGACGAAUGGCUGUUGACCAAAGAGAGAAAGAAGGAGUUGGAAGCAAGGAGGGAGGCU